GUGUGCAAUAAUUGUGUGCUUGUUUCGUACCCCUCAAUUAUCGGAAAGCUUGACCAGUGAAGCCACAUUGGUUUGACAGAGGGUAUGGCCAACUGGCUCGACGGCGACGCGUAUUAUCGAAUAAAUUUUGUGUCUGGCUCUGCUGAUGAUUAUGAGGCGUACAAAGGCAGGGAAAUCUAUGCAACUACGCAAAAACGUCGGCAGUUCGAAGAGGACCUUGCAACCUCAGCGAAGACGGCCCCCAAUGAGCUUUUUACUUGCAUGAAGCGGCGCCUGAGGCCCACAAGUGACGUAGCUGUGUUAGUGAGCAUUGACGGACAACCUCUGACCUCCAGCACUGAACGUGCGUCCGUACUGGCGGACCACUUCGCUUCCGUAUUUACAAGUGGGUAUGCGCCUAUGCCGAGCUUGACGUUUGCAGCUCCUACUCAGCUCGAGGGCCUGGGUUGCGGUGAAGAUGUCCGCAGUCUAUUCACCAGUCUUGACGGCACGAAACCUGUCGGACCCGUUGGACUUCACCCGUUAAUGUUAAAGUUCUUAUCGGUCAUCAUCUCGUCUGCAGUGACGGAUCUGUCCAACAGAUCGCUGUCCGAAGGUGCACUGCCGAGCGACUGGAAAUGCCCGGUAGUGAAGCCGAUUCUAGAAGGCGGUGACCUACGCAAUAUGGACAAUUACCGGCCGAUUUACCUCAUUUCUGUUUUGGGGAAGUUGCUCGAAAAGAUUGUGAAAUAGGAUCUGCUUCAGCUGCUGGAGUCUAAAGAUCUAUCGCCGGCAUGGCAUAGCUUCAUGAAGGGCCACUCGUGUAUCAACCUGCUGUUGACGCGGCAGGAAUGAUUGCAAGCGUUGAACCGGGGAACGUCAGUGGAUCACAGUAAAGCAUUUAAGAAAGUGAAUCAGGA